ACCCAUGCCCGUAUAAAUCAUGCAGGGUCCCUGAAUGAUCGGCACCGGCGUGAUCCGCUUCCUUCCCAUCAUUGUCUGCCUCCGUCUUUGUAUUUCCUAUUCUUUUCUUCUAACUCUUUUCUCGCUACUAUUUGCUGAGAGGCCGGGACGCCGGCCGGAGACGCACGAUGCUGCCCCUCGUUCUCGCCGCGUCGUUAUUAGCGCCCGUCGUCGCUGCCGCCGCGGCGCCCCGCCGGGUCAUCACACGGGGCGACGGCAUCAUUCGGUCUCCAAUCCGCGCAAUCCCCGACCCUGCCUCGAAGCUGCGAGUGCGACAAAAUGAAGUCGAGGUUGAGAACCAGAGAGCCGGGACGAGAUAUGCCGUUGAAGUGCAGGUCGGGACACCGCCUCAGACAUUGACUCUGAUUCUCGACACUGGCUCGCCCGACACAUGGAUCAACCCCUCGUGCGACACGGCCAACGUGCCCUCCGACUGCCGGUCUUUCGGGCAAUUCGAUUCCGCCGAGAGUUCCUCCUUCGAGGCGACCAAGGACCGCGACGUUCUCGUCUACGGCAUCGGCAACGCGACCGUACAAUAUGUCUACGAGACGCUGACAAUAGGCUCCGCAACCAUCGAGAAACAGCAGAUCGGCAUCGCGCUCGAAUCCCACAUGAUCCCGCUCGGCAUCCUCGGCAUGUCUCCGCCGCUCCGCGGAGUUAACGACUACCCAUACGUUCUCGACACCAUGGUCGACCAGGGCCUCAUCCAGAGCCGCGCCUUCAGCGUCGACCUACGUGGUGUAGACAACCCCAACGGCGCCCUCAUCUUCGGCGGAAUCGACACGGGCAAGUACAUCGGCGACCUGGCCAAGCUCCCCAUGCUCGACCGCGAGGACACACCGCUCGGCGCCGACCGCUAUUACGUGACCAUGACGGGCGUCGGCCUGACGCUCCCCGACGGCACCGUCACGCAGUCCGAGGAGAUCGCCGUGCCGGUAUUCCUCGACACGGGCUCCACCUUCACCCGCCUGCCGACGCCCAUCUACCAGGCCUUUGCCGCGUCCUUCGCGAGCGCCCAGUACGACCCAGAGUCGGGAUACUAUUUUGUCGACUGCGAGGUGACCGAGCUAGAGGGGGCGUCCAUCGACUUUUACUUUGGCUCCAAGACCAUCCGCGUGGCGCUCAACGACUUCAUCUGGCAGGUGCAGGGGUACUGCAUCCUGGGCGUGCUGCCGGACGACGAGGAGCCGAUCUUAGGGGACACCUUCUUGCGGGCGGCGUACGUCGUGUUCGACCAGGACAACCGCAACAUUCACAUUGCUCAGGCGGCAAACUGUGGGACGAAUCUGGUGGCGAUUGGGUCCGGCGAGGAUGCGGUGCCCAGCUCGACAGGCGACUGCACGGAACUGCCGACCCCAACGGCUGCGGCGGAUAGCUUGGAUGUCACGGCCACCAGGGCGCCGACAAAUACCUUUACCGGCACUGCCCGGCCAACUAUUAACCAGGGGCCCGGCCCGGCAGCUUCAAAGGGGACCGGCGGGGGUACCGCGCCGCAGCCGACGACGACGACGACGGGGAGAUCAGGGUCGCAAAAUGCGGCUGGGCGGGGGGUGGAGCUUGGGUUUGGCGCGAUAGUGACUUUUGGAGUGGUGAAUCUGUUGACUUUGUUCCUUUAGUCGGGCAAGUUGGCGGGCGUCGUUUGCACUUCCUGAUACCUAAUCAAUGUCUUGUUGAGUGUUUAUUUGCAGCGGAUAUGGGUGUGAUGCUUGGGGGCUUGAUGCUUGCAUACUCGGCGUUUUCUUGGGCAUGUUUGUUGAGCGUCUGCAUC